AAAGAAUUAUUGAAAGUAUUUCUGUCGACACACUCACUCUUCUUCUCAUUCUGAGUCCGGCGGCGCCGCCCCUCUCUUCGCUCUAUCCAUCUGAAGUUCCGGUGGGAUUUUCUGCGGAAACAAAAUGGGUCACUUGAAUGUAUGUAACUUGAACACUAAGAGCUAUGGGCCUGCCACUAUCUCCCGUAAAAAUUGGAAAUGGAGCCCCCCACAAGCUGCCAUAAUCCCUGAUCACCAUCUUCCAAUGCGAAGUUUUGAGGUCAAAAACAGGACAUCAACAGAGGAUAUAAAGUCACUUAGAUUGAUAACAGCUAUUAAAACGCCAUAUCUACCUGAUGGGAGAUUUGAUCUUGAAGCUUAUGAUGACCUGGUUAAUAAGCAGAUAGCAAAUGGUGCUGAAGGUUUGAUUGUUGGUGGCACAACUGGUGAAGGACAACUGAUGAGCUGGGAUGAACAUAUAAUGCUUAUUGGCCACACAGUUAAUUGUUUUGGUGGAUCAAUUAAAGUAAUUGGAAAUACUGGAAGCAACUCCACCAGGGAAGCAAUUCAUGCCACUGAACAGGGUUUUGCUGUUGGUAUGCAUGCCGCCCUUCACAUCAAUCCUUACUAUGGUAAAACUUCUUUGGAGGGCAUGGUUUCUCACUUUGAUUGCGUGUUAUCCAUGGGGCCGACUAUUAUAUACAAUGUGCCAUCACGAACUGGCCAAGAUAUUUCCCCGCGUGUGAUUCAAACUCUGGCUCAGAGUCCUAACCUGGCUGGUGUUAAAGAAUGUGUCGGUAAUGAUCGGGUUGAGCACUAUACAGAUAACAGGAUUACCGUGUGGAGUGGUAAUGAUGACCAGUGCCAUGAUGCUAGAUGGGACCAUGGGGCUACUGGGGUGGUAUCUGUUACCAGCAAUCUUGUUCCUGGGCUGAUGCAAGAGCUUAUGUUUGGAGGAAAAAACCCUUCACUCAAUUCUAAGCUCAUGCCCCUGGUUGAGUGGCUCUUUCAGGAGCCAAACCCUAUUGCCUUAAACACAGCUCUGGCUCAACUCGGAGUUGUGAGGCCAGUUUUCAGAUUGCCAUAUGUACCUCUUCCUCUGCAGAAAAGGGCAGACUUUGUGAAUUUGGUAAAGAAAAUUGGGAGGGAGAAUUUUGUUGGAGAGAAGGAUGUUCAGGUUCUCGAUGAUGAUGACUUUAUUUUGAUUGGUCGAUAUUAGUUAUAUUAGUUUUCCCGGUCCAGCGUUUUGCCUAGGUGGUUUCUGUUAGAAAUAAAGUUUCAUGAUAUUUUGGCAAUUUAACUAGUGUAUUAAAUAGUUUCUACUGGGAAUUUCAGCAUGUGUGGGGUGAAUCUCUUAUGCUUUCUUGCUUGCUGCGGCUGCCUAUAGAUAUUAGUUACAGAAUACGAUAUUACGAGUGUUGGUGUUGUUGAUUUUCUUUAGUAACUUAUUUGUAGUGAUGUUUACUUGUAUGUUAUACCUCUUA